AUGUCUUUUUUCGGUGAAUUCUUAGCCUCUGUUCUCCCAACCGUCUCUUACGCUGAUUCUGAAGAGGAAGAAGAAGAAGAACAACCAGUUGAGGUUGUUGAAGUCGAAGUUGAAGUUGAAGAAGAAGAAGAAGAAGAAGAAGAAGAUGAAGAAGAUGAAGACGAUGAAGAUGAAGAAGAAGCUGAAGAUCCAUUAGACAAAUUGAGAGCUGAAUGUACCACCACCUCUGAAUGUGCCAAAUAUGUCCACCACUACCAAGAAUGUGUUGAAAGAGUCACCAAGGAACAGGAGGAAGAAGGUUAUGCUGAAAAGAGUUACAAGGAAGAUUGUAUUGAAGAAUUCUUCCACUUGCAACAUUGUAUCAACGACUGUGCUGCUCCAAAAUUGUUCUACAAGUUGAAAUAA